CCGAGGAGGCUGAGAACUAGAGGAGGAAGAAGAGGAACCAGGCAGAGGAGCACAGACUUGAAAAGCCUGAGCUGCAUUUCAAAAAACAAAAGGAGAAGAAGAAGCAAAAGAAGCGGAGGGAGGAGAAGGCAGGAAAGAAGCCGGGAGGCACACAAGGCAGCAAUGGAUAGCAGAGUGGCUCAGCCUGACCCUGGGAUGGCCUGGAUUCACACACUGCUGCUGGCCACCGUCCAGCACACACACUAGGCUGCUAACACCAACGAGCUCCCAUGUGUUCGUUCAGCCAUGCUCCCUGGGUAUGGAUUCUCACCUUUCCCUGAUUUCCAACCCCACCUUCACGCUUUUCGGUGCCGAGGAGAGAGUCCCAGCAUGUGGAUCCCUGGCUCAGGAGAGUCCCAGGCUCUGAGCGAGGCCCGGGAGGACAGGCCUCUCCUCCACCCGUGCCACCACAAGCAUAUCGCUGUAUGCCAGCAGGAAACAUUGGCUUUUAUUGAGUUACAACCACCAGUAACUCCUAAAAUAAAUGGUCUUGGCUCUCCGAGGCCAACUGUUAUUCCAGACACACAAUGCACAACACACUCCCUGAGCCUGAAUGGUUUUAGAAACACACUAAAUGAACUGAAUGACAUGCAGAACGGAUGCCACAGGACAGACAAUGAGUAUGAAACGACGUUCGGUUUGAACUCGCAUACACCUGCGGGUGACGAUGAGGUGGAAUGCCAUUAUGGCAUCAGGACUUCUUCACAGGAGCAGACUGAAAAACCUCGUACUGUCACAACAGUGUGUCGUCCUCUCCACGCAGCUCUUAGCCUCCCCCUGUCGCUCCCGCUGUCCUCUCUAUACGCAAACAGAGACUCCUGGGAAUCUCAGUUACCUUGCUCCCCAUCCUCACCUGAAGGUCCUGGGUUUCAGAGCCCAGACUCCUGCCAGCCACAGAGGAGGACAUCACAGGGUUCACUAAAAGAGAAGUCUAUCCGGCGAAAGAUGCAGGUUUACUCUCCAGAAAGCCUGAGCGAUGAAUCUCUCAGCCCAAUCCUGGAUGCAGACUACAUCUUCCCAGGACCUUUUGCAUCUUUCCUGGAGGAGGACCUUAGUGGAUUAUCUUCCCUGGAGGCCAUUUCAAGUCCUUCAUCCACAGAGGGUGUUGCAAAUCUCCCAAACCUCAGUCCCGAUGAUAUCUUUAGUCUACCUGCAGAACCACUGCAGAUAAUAGAGGACUCAGUAACAGGGGUAGGGGAAGACGACGGGAGUGUAGAGACGUCAAGUGCCACAGGGGGGAGCUUUUUGCCACGCAGCCGCCAAGGGGACCAAGAGCGGCGGCGCUUCUCAGCUUCAGAACUGAUCUCUAGGCUGCAGUUGUCCCAAAGGAAGAACUCCUUCACCUUGAAGCUGGGGAAGUCACUGUCCGCCCGGGUCGCCUCCCGGGACAGGCAGAGCUCCAACAGCCUCAGUCCCAACCCGGACUACAAGUCCAACUCUAAGCACCGUAGCUCAGGAGGUUCAACUGAUAGUGCCCCCCACAGUCCUGUAGGACCCACACCUACCCUGCUGCCCAGCAGUGACAAUGGCAUGCCUUUGCAUCGGUGGAGCACAAAACUCGGAAUGCGAAAGAAGUCCAUCGAGGAGGACAUGGGCAUCCUUCCAACCGUUGCUAGCUCAAAUCGCUUAUCACGGUUUUUGCCAAGCUCGAUUCUGUACCAGGAAUACAGUGACGUCGCCAUCAACAGAGAGAUCCAGAGGCAGCAAGGGAAGGAGCCUGGCACAGAGGAGGAAGGACUCAGGGAUGAGGGGUCAGACGGGACCCCCUCUCCUUCUAAUCUGUCUCCCUCCAGCUCCUUUCGCUCAUCACGAGGCUCUGCUUUUGCUCUGUGGCAGGACAUCCCUGACGUUCGAACCAGCGGGCAGCUCGACAACUUCAGCAACGAGGAAAGGAAACUACAGGAGGCAAAGUUUGAGCUGGUGACCUCCGAGGCGUCGUACAUUCGCAGCUUGACGAUCGCAGUGGACCACUUCAUGUUCUCACAGGAGCUCGCAGAGUGUCUGGGAGCGCAGGAUAAGCAGUGGCUCUUCUCCAAGCUGCCUGAAGUCAAAGAUGUCAGUGAGAGGUUUCUCCAGGACCUGGAGCACAGGCUGGAGGAGGACAUUCUGCGUUUCGACGUGUGCGACAUCGUCCUAGAACAUUGUCCGGCUCUGCGGAGGGUUUAUUUGCCUUAUGUAACCAACCAGGCUUACCAGGAGCAGACAUACCAGCGUUUGCUGCACGAGAACCCUCGUUUCCCCGGCAUCCUGGCUCGUUUGGAGGAGGACCCCGUCUGCCAAAGACUUCCUCUGACCUCUUUUCUAAUCCUCCCGUUUCAGAGGAUCACAAGGCUCAAAAUGCUGGUGGAGAACAUCUUAAAGAGGACGACUCCAGGCUCCCGAGAUGAGGACACUGCCACGAAAGCUUUCAAUGAGCUAAAAAAGAUCAUCAAAGAAUGUAACUCCAGUGUGCAGUCAAUGAAGAGGAUGGAGGAACUUAUUCACCUCAAUAAGAAGAUCCACUUUGAGGGAAAGAUCUUUCCUCUGAUCUCUCAGUCCCGCUGGCUGGUGAAACACGGUGAGCUCCUGGAAGUGGACACUCAGAUGAUGAGUAUUUCUGGAUCGAAGCUCAAGCUUCCCACCAAGCCAGUGUACCUCCACCUGUUCAAUGACUGUCUCCUGCUGUCCAGACGGAAGGAUACAUGGAAGUUCAUGGUGUUUGUACACGCCAAGAUAGGAGAGCUGAAAGUGAAGGAUCUCAGUCAGAAGCUGCAGGGCAUCUCAGGCUUCAUCUUCCACCUGCAGCUGUGUGAAGGCCAGCAGCUCAAACACCAGAUCCUGCUCAAAUCACACACCGAGAGCGGGAAGCAGAGAUGGAUCACGGCGAUGUUUCCAUCUGAUCCGCUCGAAGACAUCGAGCAGGCCAGUGAGAACGUUGAUAUAUCCCAGGUGCAGUGCAUCAAAAGCUAUCAGGCCCAAGAGCACGAUGAGUUAACACUGGAAAAGGCAGACAUUCUUCAUGCUAAGACCAUCACAAGUGAUGGCUGGGUGGAAGGCAUCAGACUGUCUGACGGGGAACGGGGCUGGUUCCCCAAAACCUACGUGGAGGAAAUCACAAGUCGCAGCGCGCGCCUCCGCAACCUCCGGGAAAAUAUCCGCAUCAAGUGUGUCACUCAGAAACUGGUGGGGGAAGACUAACCAUUUUCACUGCAACUGGUCAAAGGUGCAUCUCGUUUGCUAAGUUGUACUUUUAAGCUUCUGGAUCGCUGUUUUGAUUUUAGGUGGAUGUGGGACCUACAUAUAGUACGCAGGUGCUAAAACAAGCCAACAUGUUAGCAUGUUCUUCGCAUGGAUGUUAAACUGUGUUCAGCGUUUUCCCUUAGCAUGCUAGCUGUGGAUACAGUUUUGAAACGAGAGUGCAAAGCUUAAAAUGCUCCGUUACAUUUUUAGUUUGAAAGGCUUUUAUACAAUAAGAGUCCAAAGUUCACAUUUUUAACAGUUUCGCCACACGGAAGUUUCUAAACGUUGUGAGAGAAAUUACUUUCUACAGUACAUGCUUUCUGUGAAUGCAUUUCAUCACCUUUUAAAGUCAUUUUCAAGCACCUCUGUGGUAAAUGUGGAAUACCAGGCAUGCACGUUUACCGGCACAGGUCGUAAAUGUAAACAUGUUCAAAAGUAAAUCUGUGCGUUCAGCAGCAGAACAACGAUCAAAACUCAAAGUCAGCUGAGCUCUGUGAGCUACAGGAGGAUUUAUUCAUACAAUAUCACAACAUCAGGAGUUCACCGGAGGCAGAUCCUGCUGCUGAGCUAUAUCAGACACAUCAGAGGCCUUUUAUCUUUAGUCUUUUGUGAGGAGAUCAUUUCAUGAGGAGAUGCUCUGCUGUGUAGUCCACCUACUCAACCAAAACCAACACUAGCUACUAUAAGAAAAACCUGAUGUGUCCAUCCAGUAUUUGAUGAUGACACUACAGUGCAUCAGUGUGCAACACUUCAUCUCCACCUAAGAUGUGGAUUGUUAAAUCAUCCUCGUCUCUUUGUUAAAUUGGACGACACCCUCCCUGUAUGUGCUGUAAAUGGUCCGUAGCAACAAUGUGGACUGCUGAACUCUGAUGGACUCAUUUCUAGAAAGAUGAUUUUCGCAGUUCUACUGUGACAUAAAUGAAGGACAGACUAUCCUCUUCACAAGGCUGCAUCACACAAAUACAUGUUUCUGUCAGAGCCCUCAUCUGAUUAAAGAAUUUGGCUGACUUUAUUCUAUAUUUUUAUUAUUAUCAGCAAGAUGCAUGAACAGACCAAAACCAAAAAUGAACUGAUCCUGCUGAGUGUUGUGUGAGUAUCCAAGACGUGAUAAAGCGUGUUCCUGUACUCCAUAGAGCUCAAUUGUUCUCCAAAAACUAUUAAAAAGACAUCAGUGAGCCUCAGUGACAUGGCAUGUUACCAUGUCUAUUUUGAGUCAUGCAACUAAAUGUGUAUUAAUCCACAGCUGAAAAUAGUCCCCAACAAAUGCACUAUUUACUCCUGUUUGAGAAAUGUUUGCUAGAAACUCAAGUGCCCUGUUGCUUUAACGACACACUGAAAGACAUCUAAAAUACAGUUGUUCUUUGUGUUACAAGAGUUUCUGGAGUUUUGACCUGUUUCGACUUUGUUCAGUUCUCCAUGCACCAAGUUGUGCCAGAAAUCUUCACUCUUCUUCUGCUGUCUUAAGAAAUGACUUAAUUUAGCCUUUUCUGAAAAAUGAAACUAGAGAUUUGUGACUGAUGUGUAAAGAGUUAUGUCUUCAGCAGGAACAAGCAGGGCUUGGGGGUGAGUGCCACAGACAGACAUUGUUUGAUUUGGUCUUUUCAUUGCAUUUGUAUAAAAAGUAAAAUAAAAUAACACCAGCCUUGUCCUUUAAAAAACAGGAAAUAAACACGUACCAAAUCUACCUUUCACAUGCGUUUACAUUCACCAUCUGUGAGGCAAAUGUGCAAGUGUAGCUACACCAGUCAUAAAGGAUCGAGUAAUACCGCCGAACGCUCAGCACUGAAGGACAUUUAGGCCGACGUCAUCCACAUCAUGUAAAAAUCCCAAAAUGACCAAAAGCUCAGUGUAACUGAGCCGAGGCCUGUUGUUAAUGAACCACUAUAAUCAACAUUCAAAUGUAAACCCCUCUAGUGGCACAUGAAAUGUUUAUAACCCUUUUUUUUUCUAUAUCUGCAUUGUUAGUUGUAAUUUAAGUGUUUGCUGUUGCAGCAUGUGUAUUUAUACUCCUCUAGCUGGUCGCUCCCGAAGGAGACUCUGAUGUAAAUGUGCGUCACUGUAGAUGGCUUCAUGUAUAAAGAGUAGGAAAUGGUUCAUUUACUUUUAUGACUGUAAUUUAUAUGAACAAAGAUUUGACAAAUAUUAUUACAUUCCAUAACUAUAAAUGUCCAGUUUGAUUCAUUUCUAAUACCACGAUAAAUAUCAAUACUGUAAUACACUGGAUGUUUACUGGAUCUGUGCUCACUGCUGUAAAUGUUUAA